AUGCUACGGACUGCGUCUGUAUCUGCUCUCGAGGCCCGUUCGACCCAGGCCUUUGGAACGCGGGAUGAAUUUCUGGCCGCAAUGACCGAAGACCUCGCUGAGUGGAUGUCUCGUCUCUAUCCAGAUCUUGCCGGUGAUCUGGAUGCCGAUAAUUUCUUCGACCGAAUCUCUGACGGCACACUGCUGUGUCACCACGCAACACAGCUACACCACCUCCUCAUUGAAAGUUACCCAGUCUCCAUGCAACGUGGCGAGCUGCGACUACAAGGUGUCCGCAUCGGUGGCGUCGAACCUCUCCUUCCCAGUGAACCACCUAACUUUCAUUCACGAGGUCUUAGCGCACAGAACCUCGCAGGUGGUUCCUUCUGGGCCCGUGAUAAUAUAGCCAACUUCAUUAAAUGGUGUCGCUCUAUGCGAUUGCCGGACUCAAUCCUCUUCGAGACGGAGGAUCUAGCAUCCAGGAAGUGUCUACGCAGCGUGAUUGUCUGUCUCUUGGAGCUGGCACGCCUUGGCGGCAGGUUCGGGAUGGAGGUUCCGGAGAUAGUCUACCUCGAGAAGGAAAUCGAUGCCGAACUGGCUGCCGAGGCUUCACUGCCCUUCAAUUUCCCCUCGGAUCAUGGUACAGAAACUGACGACUUCAGGCUGAAUCCCCCAGAAAUGAGAGCGGAUCAUGGUACAGAAACUGACGACUUCAGCAACACUACCGGUGACCCACCGGAAAACUCCGCGUCCAGCCAGACAGCCGCCUCGACGCCGAGAGGCAUGUACAACAAGGCUGCCCUGCUGAGGGCAGCGAAAAUUAAAAGCGAACACCCCGCGGAGAAGCGUCGUGAGCUGUCCAAACGGGAAGAGGAGGCAAAGCCCUCGAAGCCCAAAUACAACAGACCGGUAGUGGACAUGCGUUCGUUGGAUGAAAUCGUAAGUUAUAAACCGGUGUGUCUGAUGAUGAAAUGCUUUUUAUCCUGA